UUCUCAGCGCUGCUCCUGUAUGACUGGGCCGUCACGCUCCCCAUCGAGCAGGACGUCGUGUGGUCCCGCAAAAUGAACGUCGCGAGCGUGCUGUACAUCCUCGCGCGCGUGUGUAAAACGCUCGUGUACGUGCAAGACGUGUCCGCGAUACUUCCGUACUUCGUUUGGGCAGGUGCGUCGAUCAUAGGCAUCCUCUUUACGUCACCGCUUUCUGACUUGCAGACGCGCUUCGUAGUGUUCUCGACCUAUCGAGGAUACGCUUUGUCCGGCAGGAAAGGAUAUGUCGCAGCCAUCAUUUGCAUGUUGACGUUAGUUCCCAUUGGAGUAAACCUGGUACGUAGAACGCGUGUGUUAUUUUUGAUAUCGAGAGUGGCUGAGGUAUUAUGCACAGUACUACUUCCGGUCAUAGUGUCGAGGACGUCAUUAAUCCUCGCAGACAUCCUCGCCAUGGUGGUCACCUGGUGGCACACCCGU